AUGGCAAAGCGGGCUUUUAUCCAGGAUUGGUUCGAUACGUCGCCUGUCAACUUCGCCACUGAUGAUUCUAUGCCGUUCUUACUCGUCUCUCUGGUGACAUUGCUGCUCUACGUCUUUGCCAACUCGAACGGGCGCGGAAGCAAGCCGCCUCUUGUCAACCCGCCGAAGUGGUUAGACAUUCGACAGUCCCAACCAAAGCUCGAAUUCGUGAAGAACAGUAAGGAGCUUCUCCGCAAGGGCAAAGAGGCCUUUCGAGGGAAACCAUUCCGCGUCAGGUCAGAGCGCGGUGAUGUAACAGUUCUACCGUUCGAUAUGGCUCAUAGCAUGCGCAACGAGCACAAAUUGAGCUUUGAUCGCGCAGUCUACGAUGACUUUCAUGCAUACAUCCCGGGCUUUGAACCGGUUCUCGCGGCGUCAAAUGGGGAGCAGCCCGUACGAAACGUCGCGAUGCACCAGUUGACUCUCGUACUGUCUAAGCUCACUGAGCCUUUGUCGUCUGAGACUGCGUUUGCCGUCAAGUAUAUCUUUGGGGACAACCCAGGUAGAGAUCCAGCCCUCUCCAUUUGCUUCAAUGAUAAUAUGUUGACUCAGUGGCUGCAGAAUGGCACGACGUUCAGAUUAAAGCUCUGUCGCAACGACGAAUGGUUGAAUAUCACAAUCAACUACAGUGUAGAUUUGUUUACAGCUGCUAAGGAAUUGGGGAUCUGGCCCAAGCCGUUACGACCUAUUGUACACUGGUUUCUGCCCUCGGUCAGAAAGUUGCGGACCGAAAUUGCCGACGCGCGCGAAAUCAUCACGCCCUUGGUCGUAAAUCGGCGUUCAAUGAGAGCGGCGGCAGUCGCCUCCGGCAAGCCUGAGCCAAGGUUCAACGACGCGAUUGAUUGGUUCGAGGAAUACUUCGCUGGAGGCAAGCCGUACGACCCAGCAAUGCUACAGAUUAAUCUAUCGGUCGGGGCUAUUCAUACCACUACGGAUCUCCUUUAUUGGACGAUGAUAUGUAUUGCGGAUAACCCGGCGUACUUUGACGAAUUGCGCCGAGAGAUUGUGCAGGUGUUGUCAACAGAGGGGUGGAAGAAGACGAGUCUUUAUAAUCUCAAACUCCUUGACAGUGUGAUUAAAGAAGCACAGCGCCUCAAGCCAACCAGUAUUGCAAAUAUGCGUCGCAUGGCUGAGCAGGAUGUUGACCUGCCGGGCGGAUUCCACAUCAAGAAAGGCGAGAAAAUUGUAGUCUCCCUGACCGAUAUGUGGAGCGCAGAACGUUUCGAACGACCACUAGAGUUCAACGGCCAUCGCUGGCUAAAACUACGCAACGUUCCCGGCAAGGAACACUCUGCCCACCUAGUUGCGGUCACUCGCGACCAUAUAGGCUUUGGGCUGGGCGAACACGCAUGCCCAGGACGCUUCUUUGCAGCUAAUGAGCUCAAGAUUGUGCUGAGUUAUUUGCUUCUGAAAUAUGACUGGGAACUAGUUGCAGGUGCAAGACCAACUGUGUUGGCCAAUGGGUUUUCAUUGACUUUGGACCCCAAAGCGAAGAUUAGAAUGCGACGGCGAAGCGAGGAAAUCAACCUCGAGACGCUCUCUGUGGAAUAA